AACUUAAAAACAUUUAUUAUGUUCUUUUAGCAAAUUAUACUUACUUUUUUGUGAUGACAUCAAACAUUUUCAUGAUUGCUAAUUUUAUUCAUGUAAAAGUGGGUCCCUAGGUACAGUCAAGUGCCCAUACUUGGGACAUAUCCCUAAUUUGGGACAAUUUGGGAUGAUUGAUUUUUCAUAUUGGCAUACCUGAUAGCACUCUGUCAGUCUGUAACAGAAAUGUUUACUUUGUAGUGGGGAUGUGUAGCUAUCACAUGGUGUGUGUAUAUAAAGAUUUGGUACACUCUUAGAGAUUCUGUAUGGAUCACUGAGGAAAUAUGGCUACAGCUGUUAAAAAAGUUUAUCAUAAUUUUGACCAAGACACUCUUGAACGUGCUGCUAAAGCUGUUAAUGAUGGCAUGAGUUAUAGAAAAGCAGAACAAAAAUUUGGAGUCCCUAAAUCAUCCAUACAACGCAAAGUUAAAAAUGUACAGCAACAUCCAUAUGGUCGCCCUCCUGUUUUGAGUGAAACAGAAGAAAAGCAGAUCGCUGAAUACUUGGCUUUGGCAGGGGAGUGGGGAUUUCCCCUUACAGCUUUUGACAUCAGAUGUAUAAUCAAAAAAUACCUGGACAAGAAGGGCAUGGUCGAACCUCGUUUCAAAAACAAUUUGCCAGGAAAAAAGUGGAUUAAAUGUUUUCUGGCCAGGCAGUGUGUGCAAUUGAAAUAUAGAAUGUGUACUAACAUUAAAAGAUCCCGGGCGGCAGUUACUCCUGAAGCUAUACAGGCAUACUUCGAGGAAUUGUCUGUUUCACUGGCAGAUGUUCCAGCAGAAGCUAUACUGAACUACGAUGAGACGAGUAUGCAGGACAACCCUGGACAGGCUAAAGUGGUUGUAAGAAGAAAAUGUAAACAUCCAGAAAGAAUAAUUGAUUUCACUAAGUCAACUUUUUCUGUAAUGUUUUCCGGUUCAGCUAGUGGUGUGGCACUUCCACCCUAUGUGGUGUACAAGGCUGAGAACUUAUAUGACACAUGGACUGAAGGUGGACCCCCUGGCACAAGAUAUAAUAGGAGCAAAUCAGGUUGGUUCGAGGGCAAUAUAUUUCAGGAUUGGUUCCUAACAAUUGCUCUACCUUACCUCAAACGGUUAGGUGAUGGGCCAAAAGCUGUCAUAGGUGAUAAUUUGGCCAGCCAUAUUUCUGCAACAAUUCUGAAAUUAUGUGUUGACAACAACAUUCGUUUCAUUAUGCUGCCACCCAACAGCACCCACAUAUGUCAACCCUUGGAUUUGGCUUUUUUUAGCCCUCUUAAAACAGCAUGGCGGAAGCAGUUGACUGAAUGGAAGAUGAAAAACAAGGGGUCAGUAAGAAAAGAUCAGUUCCCUAGGCUUUUGAAAAAGACUUUGGAUGCCAUUGGUGAUAACAUUUCCACAAAUUUGAAAUCUGGAUUUAAGAAGAGUGGCAUUUUCCCUGUGGACAAGCAGAAGGUUCUUGAAAGCUUGCCAAGCACAUCAUCUGCAAAUGAAAGUGAUGUAGUAACUGCUACAGUAGCAUUGAAGUCUUCAUUUGAGGCAUUCUUACAACAAUCACGUGAAAAAGAAACAGGUGUAAAGCAAAGAAAGAAAAAGUUAAUCGUGAAUGCGGGGAAAAGCUUGGCUGCACAAGAUGUUCUAGAUGAAUUGCAGAAACGUUCACAGCCAAAAAGUAAACAAACCACAAAGCAGCAGAUAAACACGGGUGAGAAGGAAAAGUCCAAAGUGAAGAAAAAGAGAGGUUUGUGUCAAAAUAUUUUAAAACAAUCAGUUAAGAAAAUGAAAAUGAAGCAGAAAAGUGACACUUCUGAAGACAGUGAUUGCGAAAUUUCUCUACAUGAUAGUAACUCGUCAUUCGGUGAAGAUUUCUCGACACUGUUUGAUGAUGACAUUCAAGAAAUGCUAGAGAGGGAAACAUUAAGUGAGCAGAAAAUGGUUUAUGAAGAUGUUGAACCAAUAGAAACUGUUGAUAUUUGUGGACAACAAGCAGCGACCUCCAUGAAAGAAAAUGAUUUUGUUGUUGUUGAAGUUACUUAUGACAAAGGGAAAAAAUAUGAAUGUAAGAAAGUGUUCAUUGGCAAAAUUGUAGACAAGAAAAAUUCAAGAUACAAAGUAAGCUAUAUGAGAAACUAUUUAGGAUCAAAAGACGUGUUUGUUUUCCCAACUGUAGAGGAUAUCGAAGAUGGUGUUCCUAUUCACAGGAUUAAAAAGGUGAUCACACCCCAGAGCGAAAAUAGAGGACGAUUCAAGUUUCUUUUUUGAAAUGCAUUUUGAUGCAGAGUUCCUCCUAUCAAAAAGACUGGAAAAAAAGACUGAAAUGUUACAUAACUGUUUUGUUUAUAUGUAAGCAAAGCUAUUGAAAUAUUAAUACUAGGCUAUAUUUAUUAUCAAAUAAUUGUUGUUUAGUGAAUAGUCAUGUUGGGUGUCUAGAUGUAUCUCCAACCAUUACUUUAUAGCCUACUUUGUAAGCCAUUCUUUUUUAAACAAAAUUAUGUUGUCCUAUGUUAAAUUACAGGCUUCUUAGCAUGGUACACUGUGUGAAACACAUGAUGUCCCAAGUUAGGGGUAGUGGUUCCUUACUUGGGACAACACUGUUUUUCACUGGUGGGGAGGAGAGGGAAAGCUUUUUCGAAAAAACAUUUAAUUAUUCAAAAAGUACUAAAGUCCUUCAGAAACAAGUCAUGCACUAUUUGUGCUUUAAAGCUUAAUUUAUUAUGUUUAUUUGAGUUCAAAGUUCAAAACUGUCCCAAGUAUGGGGACUUGACUGUACUCAGUUUUCAGCUAACAGUUUGUAUGUAGACUUUCUUGUAAAACUAUUUUUUUGGUACCUAUUAAUUUGUAUUUUGUUCAUAGUAUUUUUGCUAGCCAGCACUGCAAGAAAAAAAGUUUUUCUAUUUUACUCCAAAAUCAAGAAAGCUCGUCGCACCUAGAUAUAGGCUUGCUUAGAUGAGAGUUACUCCCACCGAGGUCAGCAUCAAUUUUAACUAAAACUUACAUAAACUACUACAGCUAGUUCUAGUAAAUAUAUUCUAAUAUAAAGCAUAGAUAUUUACGCAGGUGUGUGUUAUUCAUGUUCAAUAGAAGCCAAAAUCCUAUAUGAAUGGAGGCAGCAGGGGGGAUUUAUACUACACACGUACGAUGGCUGUUUUCUUUAACCUCCGAUUGUGCUUCUAAGCAGGCACAAGAUACGCAGGAGCCAGAUCUGCGUGAAGCGCAAUUGCACGGCUCCCCCACCACAAUCUCUGCCGUCGUCGGCUCCAAUGCAUCAGUCGCAGCCAAGGUACUGGCAAUUGAACAUGGCCACUACGAUCGAUGCUCCCGCCAAAUGUGAGUUACAAAGUGUCAUAGGCGUGCGCACGGUAGGUGCCACAGGUGCCUUGGCACCACCAUUAGGGUUAAUGUUAUUUUAUUUUUUACAAGCAGAAAUAAUAUAUGCUUACAAAAAACCGUAUUAUUUCCAAAAUAAAUAUGUUUUUCAAUAUUGUCGAGUUACAAAUAUGUGCUCAUAACACUAUCAGUAUAUCAAUUAUCAAUCGAACCAACUACAGGUAUACACACGGAAACAAGCCAGGUGCAAUUACUUGAGUUGUACACGCGGGCCGCGGCUACGAAACUUCUGAAAUGUAAAUACUUCUCAUAGUUCUCCUCGAAUUACAUAGAAGGCGCGCUCGGUGUCCACUGUUCACUCCACUCGGCAGGCGCACGGAAUAAUAGCCGCCGUCCGCCAGGUAGCACCACUGUGUAGGGUUUUUACUCUUACUGUUUACUCAUCAGUUUACUGUUUCAAUGAGUACACGAGUACAGCCUGUGUUUGUUACGUGGAUCACUCAUUAAUUAAUUGUCAUUUUAUUUUCACUAGUUGACAGUUGUUAUGGUUCGUUAAUUGCUGUAUAUAUCUGUCUGUAUGAUGUAUAAAUGGGUGAUUAAAAUUAAGAAGCCCGAUCCCGAAAAGGAUUACUUGAUGACUUAUAUGUAGUCGCCGACAAAACAUUUUUGUUGUAUUCCAAAAGUUAAAACUUUUGCCCACUCUUAUUUGUGUAUUUUUAUUAUUUUAAUAUUUUACAUAUUUGAGGCAUGUUACAAAAACUCCCUUUAUUUGUUGAUUUUAAAACUUAACAUUUGAGAAUGUUUUUUCUAGCAUUUAUUUGGCGUCUUCAGAAAACAUGUAAGUACGGUUUUUCAAAGCCACCAGCAUGAAUUCCGUGCAAACAAUUUGUGCAAUUUACUUUAUAGCUCAACAAAGCUUAAAACUGUAAAUAGUUUAGUAGUUUUCCUGGCGAUUAUAACGGUCAAAGCCAUAAUUUGUCAUAAAAAAUGUUAAAAUUUUUACAUCUGUGUAUUUAAUGUUAUUGUUCGGAAACACCUUAAAUAGCACCAUUUUGCGCUUUCAAAUCCAAAUUUU